UUUCUUUUCGCUCUUUCACUUUCUUUUUUAUUUUCUUUUUUUCUUUUUUUUCUUUUUUCUCUCUCUACACAGAACAAAACCCUCUCUCUUUUUCUCUCUUUUGUAUAGAGAUGAAAGUGUUGUGAAUUUUCUUCCAUGUUUCGUUCUCUCUUCUCUCUCAUUCUCUACGGUUCGUAGCUUCAUUCAAUUUCACUCUUGCUUCUUCUUUCAAUUUGCUCCAAUUUUGAGUUCACACUUUCUAAAUUAGGGUUAUCACUGCGUAAAUUUCUACUUUUCAUUUUCAAUUUCUAACCUAGUUUUACUACAAUACCUUCAAACUGGUUUAUCAUCUUUCUAUUUUUUUUUUUUACUUUUAAUUUUCGGAACAAGAUUUUCACUGUUUCUUUCAGUUUCUUAGCUCAAUUCAGCUUUGGAUUACAAUUCUCCUACGCCUCAAACGAGGUCGUUUUGGGAGGAACCAUAUAAUAUAUGAUGAGACGGAUGAAAAAGGAGAUUCCGGAUGACAUGCUCCACGAUGAUCAGAUUGGUUCACAGUUGAACGAUGAGGGUAAUGGCACAAGUGCCUGUGGAGUUGUUCUCAAGAAAGGGCCAUGGACAACUGCUGAGGAUGAUAUAUUGGUCAAGUACGUCAAGAAGAAUGGAGAGGGGAACUGGAAUGCCGUUCAGAAGCAGACAGGCCUGCUGCGUUGUGGAAAAAGUUGUCGAUUGCGAUGGGCUAAUCACCUAAGGCCACAUUUAAAGAAAGGGGCAUUUACUGAGGAAGAGGAGCGCUUGAUUUGUGAGCUGCAUGCAAAAAUGGGAAACAGAUGGGCACGCAUGGCAGUGCAUUUACCUGGUCGUACCGACAAUGAGAUAAAAAACUAUUGGAACACUCGGAUCAAGAGGCGUCACCGAGCUGGCUUGCCACUUUAUCCCCCUGGUAUAUAUCAAGCGACUCUUAAUAACCAAAGCACUGGUGGAGUUAACGGCCGCAAUAAAGUGCAUUCUGAUUUCUUGCAUAAAAAGAGUUUUAAUAUGCAUGAUACAAUAUUUGACUGUCUCAAGGAUACCCAGGGAAUCUUACCUUAUUCGGCUGAGCUUCCUGAUAUUUCUGAUUAUGGCAAUAUGCUAAAUGGCUUUGAUUCUUCUCAGUACUGUAGUUUUGUGCCAUCGACAUCAUCUAACCCCAAACGUUUUCGAGAGUCACCAAUGCCGUUUCUUGAUUUCGGUUGUAUUGACAGAAACGGUAUUUAUCCAUUUGAACAUGUUCAAGAUGAUGCUUUUGAUAAGUUGACACAAUCAUUUGGGGUGCAAUCACCUCUUAAUCCUGGUUUUUUCUCAAACAGCUUAUCGUGUUACAGCCAUUCACUUAAAAAUGGCAAUUUCUCUACUUCUAAGCCUUUUGAGGCUGUGAAGUCGGAGCUCCCUUCACUCCAAUAUCCGGAAAUUGAUUUAGGUAGCUGGGGUACAUCUCCCCCACAUCCUUUACUUGACUCAAUUGAUGAUUUUAUCAAGUCUCCUACACCAAUUAGUACACUGGAGUCAGAUUGUUCUUCUCCACAAAAUAGUGGCCUGCUGCAAUCUGUACUUCAUCAGCGGAAGACUCCGAGCAGUUCCCAAAACCAAUAUUAUGACAGAAGUUCAAAUUCAUCUACUGCAACUCCCUGUGAAAGAGAUGACCUCUCAGCUUGGAGCAUGUAUGAGCCAGAAUGGGAAGACUAUGCUGACCCUGUGUCUCCAUUUGGCGCAUCUUCAAUAUUGAACGACUGCCCUGCUGUUGGUGCCAACAUAAAUUCACUGGAUGAACAGCCACCUGUUCAGACUGAUAAUGGCAACAUGGUGAAAUCAGAGAAUAUCGACCAUGUAUGGUCCCCUGACAGUGAGAAUUAUAUCACGUCUCUGUUGAACGAUACUCGGCCAGAUUUAGUGCUUGAUUCAGAUUGGUAUGAGCCGUGUUCUGGGCAUGACAAGAACCAAUCCAUUGUCACUGAUGCUACAUCGAUGUUUCAGGAAGAUCAAUUAGCCACCGACUAUAAACAUAUGACUGCUGCUGGAACUUCUAACCCAAGUCAGACUCGCUAUUAAUUUGUGUGGAACAACAAUGCAUUUGAAAUAGUGUGUUAAUUUGUGUUGAACAACAUUGCAUUUGAACUAGUAUGUAGCUGGAUGGAUUGAGAAUGGCUUGCAAUGUUUUGUUUGUUUUUGUUUGAUAUGAUUUUUGUAGUUUGUAUGAUUCUUGGCAUGUCUAGCCUUUUUCAAGUUUCAUUAAUUUCUAUUGAUGGGUUAUGAUGACAUGUGACCUCAAAACACUUGUUAAGGGAAUAAAAAUAAAUAAAGGUGCGUUGAAAAAGACAAUUUUUAAACUUUAAAGAUAUUGAAUUUUCAAUACAAUAUUUUAGUAUCUGAUAUUUUAACAAAUGUUAAAAAGACACAUGUUA